AUGGGCUUCGAUCCUGAUCUCUUUCUUGAUCGCAUUUAUCCUUAUAUGAUCUGUAAAUUAUGUACAUUAGUCGCUGAUGAACCGAUGGUAACCAGUUGUAAGCAUGUUUUUUGCAUGCAAUGUAUCCAAUCUUGGCUAGCACGAGAAGAUAGCACCAAAGCCUACAAGUUAACGAGCGAUGGACCGAUUAAGCAAUGUCCGGCGGCCCAUUGCAGCCGAUGGCUUUCUGCACAAGCCUUAAAGAAAGCAAUUAACCUACGUGCCGUACUCAAUAAAUUACAAUUAUCAUGCCCUUAUAAGAGUUUAGGCUGCCGUCGGACAUUACAGGUUGAAAAUGUCCGAUCUCAUUUACAUUCUUGCAAUUAUCGCUAUAACUUCUAUCAGAAAAAGAAGAAAGACUCGGUUAAAAUUCAUAGAAUCCAUGCAGAUGACGAUGAAGAAAGAGCGAUAAAUCAUCGUCAUUAUCAACAAGAGGAAAAUCCUCAUUCUUUUAAGCGGUAUACCGCUCAACGAUCACGCAGUUAUGGCGAUAAAUCACGCCACGACGUGCAAUAUCUUCGCCCGUUAAAUGGCCAACAAAUCGAUGCUAUCCAUUAUCCAGUCCAAGAUAGCGGCCAUGCAUAUUUUACCAGUCUAGUCGAUUUUAAUAAACAACAUCAAAUUGACUUUAAACUUUUACGUCAAAAAGUAGCCGAGCAACAGAUUACAAUUUGGUCGCAAGAAAAUCAAAUUGCAACUUUAAAUGAUACCAUGAAAUUAUUAAAACAAGGAUUAGUCUAUCGACCUUCGAUACCUGUCAACAAUGAUCAUGAAAAAGCAGGAUUAAAGCCAAGUUAUUCUCCAACGGAAGUUUCUGAAGUUGUUAUAAGUCUUCUUCUUGUGAAAGAGAACAACUCUUUUGGUUUUAGUGUAAAAGGAUUCGAUGCGCAUCAACCAACUGGUGUUUAUGUAUCCAAAAUCGCCGACGGCACUUUAGCUGCUAGCCGAUUAGCAAUUUAUGAUAGAAUUUUGCAGGUCAAUGGUAAAGAUAUAACCAAUUUAACACAAGACCAAGCUGCAAGAAAAAUUUCAAAUGCUGUUGAACCCAUUAAUCUACUCAUUGCUCGAAAAAUCGCACGCCAUCCAAAUGAAAGAAGCAGCAGUCGGAGGAAAAAACGAUGUCAUAAGCCUUUACUAGCUAAAAAUGAUCAUCGCAUUCAGAAUAAAUGUAUUACACAAUCUAGCCAAACGGAUAAUCUAAUCGAUUCUAGGCGAUAUAGAAAUCCUGAAAUGCAAGAUACUGAUGAUAGAUCUCCUCCCUAUCCAAUAACUGACCAUGAUCGAGCUAAAGUAGCCGAUAUGAAAUCGUUAUCGUCAUCGUCAUCAUCAUUAAACCAAAAUGGUCGUUAUAGUCUGGAUGAUAAUCGUUUUUAUGAUAAUAUUGUCUCAGCAGGUUCAGAAGCACAAAAUGAUAGCUUUAAUGAUAAACUAAGAAAAUUAAAUCUAUCCUUGAAUAGUAAGAAAUUACACAAUCCUUCCUUCAAAGGCAACCAAUCUUUACCUAGAAAUAAGAAGAAAUCAAAAGAUCCACUGGGUAUCAAAUCGAUACGAAAUGAUGGCAAAAAUUUGUUACAAAAUCAAGAUUGUUCAUCAAAGAUGACAAAAAGUCAUUCCCUGGAAUUAUUAUCAUUACGCAAUUACCAUUUGAGUAACUCAAGCCAUAAAGCAAGUAAAGUAUCCCAACAAAUGAAACGAUUUUCUGGCUCAGUUUUAUGCCAGACAAAUAUUCACACUUCUUCAUGCUCGGUGCCAGCACAAAUUGCGUUCAAUUCUGAAACAGAUUCACAUCUUGUAUCGCAAGAUGAUGACGAAUCAGGGCUAAAGUAUCAUAAUAAUAGUGAUGUAGUAUUACUACCAUCGAUCAAGAAACAUAUGGAAGACGGGCCAACAUUAGAAUGGGAAAGUGAAAUUGAUUUCAACGAGAAUCUAGUCACGAAUGACAAUUUUAGCUACCAAUAUGAGGAAAGAUUGACGAAUUCUAAUGAUGUCGAUGAUGAAAGCGAUAUUCCAAAUGAUGACAAAAGCAAUUCCAUCUACUCUAAUUUGAAAUCACCUAGCUCAAGAGAAUAUGACGAUCAUAAAAUAAAUACAGAGAAGAUUGAUGCUAAUACAAGCAAUAAAACCACGAGUGAUAGUGACUUAGCUGAUUAUUAUACAGAGUUCAAAGAUAAUCGUCAUCAAUUUAUGCAUAGUUACAGUGAAAUGAAUAUUAGCCAAUUGCCUGAACAUUCAACGAUAGAAAGUAAACUAUCAGCCAUUAGCUUAAAUGGUAGUAUGAAAGGUGUUAAAGUUAAUCAUAUUCGAUUUGAUGAAGAUAACGAUAAUGUUAAACUAUACAAAACGUGGAGUACUUCAAGAGGAAAGAUUGGAAAACAUUAUUACCAAGAUCCCGUUUUUGUGGUUAAUGAUUGGCAGGAAUAUCACAAUCACGUUGCCAAGUAUUUCGAUCAGUAUCAUCAAUCCAAUUAUGAUAACCUACAAUGUGAUAAAGCAAGCAUCAAGACAGCAUAA